UAGAGAAAAGAGGAAUGAAAGUCAGUUGAAGCAACACAGAUUUCAUGUGUGUGAAUGAGAGGGAAAGAGGUGUUACAGUGAAGCUGCAGAGGUAGAGAAGGUAGAUGGGUUUCAAUACCUGUGUCAGCAAAUCAAGGCAAUAGAAAGUGCACAAGAGAGAUGAAGAAUAGACUCCCAUCAGGCAAGUGUUGGGGGUGACUUUUAAGAGAAGGAUAGCAGCAAGAGUAAAAGGACAGGACAGGACAGGAUUGGAAAGAAGUAUAUCAGAGGGACAGCUCCGGUUGAGUGCUUGGAGACAACAUUAGAGAGGCAAAGAUCAUUAUAAUGAUCAUGAUUUUCCACAUGACUGUCCGCUCUUACCCAAUGCGAAAAACACAUCUAGCUGCGUGGAGAGCAUGGAGAAGGCUAAGGCCGAGAUUCCACUCCUCUUUCGUUGGUGCAUCUUCUGGUCCUGGUCCUGGGGAUGGAUCCGAAGACCCGUCUGCUGUUUCAGCUGAAAAGCCGCCUCACACGCCUGUCAUGUUGAAAGAGGUGCUUCAAUACUUAGACAUUCAACCAGCUCAGGUGGUGCUGGACAUGACAUUUGGAGGUGGUGGUCAUACCAAAGCAAUUCUGAGCACAGUUCCCGAAGUCACGGUCCUGGCCUUAGAUCGAGAUCCCACAGCAAUUUCUCUGGCCCAGCAGUUAGCCAAGGAACACUUUGGUCGUGUGAAACCAAUACUUGGCCGGUUCAGUGAGCUUGAAGACCUGGUGUCAAACAUGGACGUUAAGCCAGGCAGCAUUGAUGCUGUCCUGUUGGAUGCUGGCUGUUCCUCCAUGCAGAUGGAUGAGGCAGAAAGAGGCUUCUCCCUGAGCAAAGAUGGACCGUUGGAUAUGAGAAUGGAUGGAGACAGGUACCCCGACAUGCCCUGCGCCGCUGACGUUGUGAAUACCUUAGAUCAACAGGCUCUUGCAUCCAUCCUCACUGCAUAUGGGGAAGAAAGACACGCCAGGAAAAUAGCUUCAGCCAUUGUGGAGGCACGCCGUGUCAGCCCCAUCACCCGGACACAGCAGCUGGCCAGUGUGGUUGCAGGAUCGUUUCCUCCUGCAGUUGUCUAUGCACGUAAAGACCGGCUCAACAGACCUGCACACGUGGCCACUAAGACUUUCCAGGCCUUGCGUAUCUUUGUGAAUGAUGAGCUGAAUGAACUUCACGCUGGCCUGUGUGCUGCCCAGAUGUUGCUAAAACCCAGCGGACGUCUCUGUGUUAUCACCUUUCAUUCGCUAGAAGAUAGACUGGUCAAACGUUUCCUGCGGGGAGAUGACUUAUCUAAUCUGGAUCACUUCAGCCAGAGGAAGCAAGGCACCAAGAAGGAAAAUCUAUCGCAUGAAAAAAGAGACGGAAGUGUCUGUUGGCUUCCUCUGCGAAGAAAAGUGAUCACCCCAGAAAAAGACGACGUUAAGGAGAAUCCUCGAGGACGCUCCUCCAAACUCAGGGCAGCACUCAGACGAUAACUAUUGGACAUUAAAUAUAAGACAAUAGAAGUUGUAAAAAAAAGUUGGAGCUUUUUACAUUGAACAUAAUUAAACUUCUACAAAGACUCAGGGUUAAAUCUCAGUAGAUUUGGUAUCACUUUGUAACAAAGGAGCUCAGCAGAGAUCAGUGUGUUACUGUAAGCUACUAAGUGGACUUUAGACAUGAGGUGAUUGUACUGUUUCCUAUUUGCUUUGUAAGGAACAAAAAAAAAAAUCAUUUACAGUUAAAAUUUUGAAUUAAAUAGAACAAAUGUUUACCAGUGUUGAUUUCAUAGGCCUAGUUGUUGUCAACAACCUGUUUUUUUCCUGACAAAAACAAGAUGAUAAGUAAAGAAAGACUAAUGCACGAGGACAAAGACUGUGAUGAAAUGUAGUGACAUUUUGGUAAAUGAAUAAAAAUGGAUGAAAAUA